GCCAGAUAAUUUGAGUCGGUCUUUGAAGAAGGUCUGCCGGCGCUAUUCCAUCGGAGUACACUAUGCCGCUAGCAAUACUGUUUGCCCUGGUACUCGCCUGUACUUCCACUGCCACGAGAGCGGCCACCACCUGCGACCUGGCCAAGGUUCGUGCUUGCUACGAGGACAUCAUGGACAGCGUGCCGCUGUUUUUUGCCUCCCGCGCUCAAGGCGGUGAUGCAGCGGCCACCUUCUGCAGCCACUACUGGGAGUUCUCGUCGUGUUCCAGCAAAGCGGAGACCAAGGCCUGCCGAGGGGAGGAGUUAGUCGAUCGGUUGGAGCGCUUCUACCGCGAAGUGAGCGCCGAGCUGUGCGACGACCCACAUCGUCGGUUGCUCAAGAGUUUCGUGGUGGACGGUGACUGCAGCCCCCUGGACGUGAUCAGACAGUGCAUGGCACAACCUCUAGAGGAGUUCUCGAGCACAGGAAGCACGGCACCUGCUUGCAGUGCCUUAGAGCGGCAGCUGGUGCGGUGCUUGUCGGAGCCGGCCAGCGUGUGUAAUGGACCCGUAGAGCGGACCGCACUUGCCACUCGCUCAAUCGCCGCCUUCCUGCGUUGGCACGGAUGCCAGAACGGAGCUGGGGUGCAGCACAUGACUAGUCCUCGACCGGUGGAUCCUUUCCUUGAGGAGUGUCCCUUCCAGCUCCACGAAAUGUGCUUUACGCAGACCUUGGACGUGGUGAGGGCCUCGCUGCUAUUCUACGGGCGACCCAACAGGAACCUGUCUCGCUUCUACGAAGAACUGUGCGGGACAGAGCCAGCUCCGUGCCGACCAGAGGACAGCCAGGACAAGUGCACGCCUGAGCAGACCGGCACAAUGCACCGCUUCCAUCUGGCCACGGCGGCAAUGCAGCAAACCCUGUGCGCCGCACCACCCGCCCUGCUGGCCAGUAAGUCGCUAGCAAAAUUCCGUCCCUCAUGCAUCACGAACUAA